AAACACCCACACCUUUAAAAAGCUUCUGCAGCACACGCGGUGCCUCACACAGCUGAGCCGUGUUAGUUCUGACACACUGCAGCUCAACCGAGUGUGUUGGUUCUGCCCUGCAGCUAGUCUGUGUUGGUUCUGACCCGUUGCAGCUCAGCUGUGUUGGAACAUGAAGGGAUGAUCUUCAGCUGGUGUUCCUGUUGGAGCUCCAUGUCUUCAGAGAUUCCUUAAACCUUCUCUAUGGAGAACCAGAGUUCAGCGACAGACAUUUUGCUCAUUGAGGGCUUAAACGUGACCGCUCAGAGCUCCAUCCCUGUCUUCAUCCUUCUCCUGCUCAUCUAUGUCUUCAUCAUGCUGUCCAACAUCAGCCUGGUGGUGCUGAUCAGCGUGGAGAGGAGCCUCCACCAGCCCAUGUACCUGCUCUUCUGCAACAUGGGCAUCAACGACGUCUUUGGCGCCUCCAUCAUUGUUCCCCACCUGCUCAGCAACCACUUCAAGCCCAGCUCAGAGCGCAUCAUUCAUUACGCCGCCUGCGCCUUGCAGGCUUUCUGUGGCCACGUGCACGCCACCAUGACCCACACCGUGCUCAUGAUCAUGGCCUUUGACCGCUAUGUGGCCGUCUGCAGACCUCUGCAGUACUCGUCCAUCAUGAGCGCCAGGAUGGUGGUGAAUCUGUCGGUGUCGGCCUGGGGGGUCUCUGUGGUCAUGGUCCUGAUCCUGGUGGGCCUCAGUGUGCGCCUGUCGCGCUGUAGAAGGGUCAUUUUUAACCCGUUCUGUGACAACCCCUCACUCUUUAAGCUGUCCUGCGAGAACGUCUUCAUCAACAACCUGUACGGCCUGGCGUUCACCGCCGUGCUGCUCAGCUCCUCGCUCGGCAGCUUGACGCUCACCUACCUGAGGAUCAUUGUGGUCUGCCUAAAAAACCCGGCCAAGACGGUGAACAUCCGGGCGCUCCAGACCUGCGCCACACACCUCACUUUAUAUGUCAUCAUGAUGGUGUCAGGCAUGAUCAUCAUCAUCCUGCAUCGUUUUCCAGAGCUAUCCGAGCACAGAAAGCUUGCCUCCAUCAUGUUCCACGUCGUUCCUCCUGCCAUGAACGGCAUCAUCUAUGGACUCCAGAUCAAAGCCGUCAGGCAGAAAAUCACUGCCGUGUUCACCAGGAGUCAUCAGCACAUGUGAUGGAGCAAAGGCCAGGUUCUUGCCUCAAUAGAGUUUCACACAGAGAAUAUUUAUGCUGUUUCAACAUUUUCUUUAUUUGAACAAAUAAGGUGGACUUCUCUUUAGAGGAAAUUAAUCAGGGAUGAAAGAACAACUGUUUUCGGAUCUCACAUCAGAAGACUUGACCUUUUAACCCUUUUACACUGGAGAUGUCGCCAGCGAGAUCUAAAUAACACACACUCUUUGACCAAUCAGGACUGUUCGACCGUUUACAGGAUCAAUAAAAAUCAGCUUAUUCUGACAUGGAGAAAAGUGGCUUUAAUGACAUUUAAAUGUAACUUUAAACUUUUAUAUUUAUAAAGUAGAAUAAAAAUUCAUGUUAGGACCCUGCAACAGACUGGUGAUGUGUUCAUGAUGUACCCUGCCUUCAGCCAACAAUAGCAGGGAUAGGCUCCAGCAAUCCUGUAACCCAAUAAAGGAUUUA